GAGCGACAGGGAGCCUCCUGAGCGCCUGAAACUCGAGCAGUACCCGCCUGUCCGCCUCCUGCUCCUCCAAAUCAAACACACCUUCAGGCAGAGUCCGACGAGGGAGAGACCAGCAGGAUGAAGACUCUGCACACGUUCUUCGCUCUGAGUCUUCUGAUCUUCAUGGUUUCAGCUCAGCAGGUGGAUGAACCUGUCACCUACUCAUGUACAGAGGGCUAUGAGUUCAGCAUGGAAGAACAGGAAUGCAAAGACAUCAAUGAGUGUGAGACGUUGCCAGAUGCCUGUAAAGGAGGGAUGAGUUGCAUCAACCACUACGGUGGAUACUUCUGUCUGCCGCAGAACGCCCAGAUCAUCAUCAGCAACGGAGAGGAGGAACCGACCACGACGACCCGAGCCCCCCCGCCGCACUUCGUCCGCCUGCCUGCGGUGCCCAGUCACCGUGGCAACUACCAGACCACCAGCAACCAGGGCAGCAUCCAAGGAACCAACCAGGCCCGGCUGAGCUCCAUACAGUGUCCGACUGGAUUUGCCCCAGAUGAGUUCAACUACUGCAGAGAUGUGAAUGAGUGCAUUCCCAGCAGUCCCUGCCAACAUCUGUGCUACAACCUGCCAGGAUCCUUCAUGUGUCAGUGUGAACAGGGUUACGAGCUGACUCCAGACCAGCUGAGCUGCCACGACAUGGACGAGUGCCUGCUGUCCUCCUACAUGUGUCAGUGGCAGUGUGUCAACCAGCCGGGCUCCUACAGCUGUGUCUGUCCUGAAGGGUACCAGCUGCAGGGAACACGCAUGUGCCAAGACAUCAACGAGUGUGAAACUGGACCAAACUGCAGCGAGGAUCAGGUGUGCUGGAACUACUUUGGAGGUUACCGGUGCUAUCCCAGAAACCCCUGCCAGGAUCCCUACGUGCAGACUGGAGAGGGGCGCUGCAGCUGUCAGUCUCCGAGCGCGUGCAGAGGACUUCCUCCCUCCAUCGUCUAUAAGUACAUGAGCAUCACCUCGGAGCGCUCGGUGCCGGCGGACAUCUUCCAGAUUCAGGCCACCAGCGUCUUCCCCAACAUGCACAACACGUUCAGGAUCAAAGCCGGCAACGAGGAGGGGCAGUUCUUCCUCAGGAGAUCCAGCAACGUGAGCGGCAUGCUGGUGAUGACGCGUCCUCUGAUUGGUCCCAGAGAGCACGUCCUGGACCUGGAGAUGGUGACGCAGAACUCGGCCCUCAGUUAUCGAUCCAGCUCUCUGCUGCGCCUCACUAUCAUCGUUGGACCUUACGCUUUCUAAAAACUUCUGUUGUUUUAUGCAAAUCUGUUUCCAGGACACUUUCAAGGAUGUUUUUCAAGGACCAAAACAUUAACAUUACCAUUAAACACUGAUGUGUUUCAGUGGAAGUUUGUUUCUCUUUGCUAUAAAACCAGAAAAAUGGCUCCAGGUUUAAACAUCUGACUUCAAACAUUUCAGCCUCAUUUCCUCAUUCGAUGGAGUUCAGAUGAGACGUAAGACUUUUCUUCACACUCUGCGUCUCUGCUGGUCAGAUCUCGGAUCAGAUUACAAUAAACCAGGGUGGUCCUCCAGAGGAGAGGAAGGACGUAUCUAAUCUUAGCUUGAGAUCCAAAAAGAUAAUAAUUUAAUCAUUUAAGAUUGACUGGACUAAAACUACAUGAAUGAUAAAUAAUCUUUAAAUGGAAAUAUCUAGAAUUCACAUUCUAGAAGGUCAAAUUAAGUUGUAGCUCAUUUCAAAGGUUUGUCAUAGAAACAGCAGUGAUGAUCGGAAACCUGAACUGAACUCACCUGCUGAUGAUGUCAUGAGGACAUCGUCCAGUCAGGUUUCAGCUCUGUAUGGACGUUAGUUCACAUCCUGUCCCUCUGUCUCCUCCACUCUUCUUCCUCUCCUUUUCUUCUUCUCCUUGCUGGAAGCUGUAGAAAGAGCAGAGCGGCAGAGAAAACAGCAGAUGUGGUUUCAUGAGGUCAAACUGCCGUUUACCUGCUGACCACUGAUGUGACAGAGAACAGUUCAGGAGUUUAGAAAGUCCAGAUGAGUCUGAGUUUCAGAUUCCUGCAGUCCAAAACUGGAGUCAGUUUGACCUCUGACCCCUGGCCCCAGCAAACCCUGGUCCAUCAGAAACUCCACACUAACAUGACUGAAACACUCAAAUAGUAUGUGAGAUUUUUUUACUGUGUCCAAAAUCAUAGUAUGAAGUAAAUAGUACGAAUAUCCCACUAGUUUUCUUAAUUAGUUAAAAACCGUUUCCAGUGAUUUAAGGAUUAUUACAAAGAUUAUUACAAAGAUGAGGAGAUUCACAGCAGGUUCGUCUGUGGCUCUCGUUUCUUCUCAUGCAUAUCCAGGAUAUGUCGUAUGAUUGGCGUUAUUAUUAUAAUGAUUGGAAGACGACGUGCUUCCACGCAGACCAGACCUGUAUGCUGAUAGUGAACGAAGUGUGAAGAGCAUAAUACAGAACUUCAGAUGGGCCGCCCGGCUCAGUUCGGUCUCUACAUUUGUGUUUUUAAUCAAAUAAAGACGAAAAACAUGACCCUCGUGUCGGACUUCUGAUCCUCCGGCCAGCUGGCAGGCCGCCAUCUUUGUUUUGGUUCAGUAACAGAUUCACGACUUGUGAAAUAGGAUAAAAACCUUUUUUUAUUG